CUGUCGUCACAGGCCGGAAGACCAGUGGAUGGUGUUGGGCUUUCUGUCUCUGCAAGAAAAUACAUCUCUUCGGUUUACUGGUGUGUGUGAAUAGGAAACCGGGGAAGCAAUAGUCAGUGGAUUGUUGUCUGCACUAGGCCGGUUCGUUCACUGGGUUGCGAGAGAGUAUCUUUCUAACCACGGUUUAAGGUGCAUGUGAAGUGUCUUCAUCCCUGCUUCCUUUACACGUAACACAGAACAGGACUGCGUGACUCCACUUCCCUCCAGCCGCGGUGUAGGAAGGCGGUGUGUGAUGAGGCUGGAAUGGAAGGGCGCGGUGUGGCGGCGUUCGCUGUCUUCACACGGAUUCUGACUCUGAUAUUACAGGCGCUGUUCAACGCCCUCAUUCCGGAUCACGUCCCGGAUGCGUUCGCCCCUCCCCGGGCCGGGGAGCCCCGCGUCCUGGAUCCUGCGGUUGAGCUGCUGUUCGGGGGGCUCUCCCACUGGGACGCCGAGCACUUCCUCUUCAUCGCGGAGCGGGGCUACCUCUACGAGCACAACUUUGCUUUCUUCCCCCUGCUGCCCCUGAGCCUGCGGGCGGUGGCCACCGGGGUCCUCUGGCCGCUGGGGGGGUGGCUGAGCGUGCGCGGGCGCCUGCUGCUGGCCGUGGUGCUGCUGAACAGCCUCCUGUUCGCGCUGGGCGCCCUGGGCCUGUACGGGCUGGGCCGGGCGGUGACACAGGACCGCCGGCUGGCCUACUGCUCCAGCCUGCUGUACUGCCUGACCCCCGCCAAUGUCUUCAUGGCGGCGGGCUACUCCGAGAGCAUGUUCGCGGGCCUGGCCUUCGGGGGCAUGUGGCUCCUGGAGAGCGGGCGCACGCCGGGGGGCUGCCUGGCCCUGGCCCUCGCCACGGGCGCCCGCUCCAACGGGGUGGUGAAUGUGGGCUUCCUCCUGUACCUCCAGCUGCGGCGCUGGGUUUCCCAGACCAGAGCUGUGAGCGGGUCUCCUCUGGGGCUCGGCCGCUGCCUCCGCUACGCCUGGAUUUCGGUCUGCAGGCUGUUGACGGUGACCCUAGGGGCUGCGGUCAUCCUCCUUCCUUUUGUCCUUUUUCAGUAUUAUGGCUAUCGGACGUUUUGCACGCCGGCAGUAGGACCAGGAGAUAUCCCUCCUGAACUUCUUGAGCUGGCAGAGCUGAAGGGCUACCAGGUCCCGGACGUGACCAAAGACCCCCCUGCCUGGUGUCUCGAGCCCUACCCUGUGCUGUACUCCCACAUCCAGGAUGUCUACUGGAAUGUGGGCUUCCUCCGAUACUACCAGCUCAAGCAGCUGCCCAACUUCCUCCUGGCUCUGCCCGCUGCGGCGCUGACUGCUGCGGCCGCCUGGGGGUACUUGACAGCCGACCCCCGGCUGUGUUUGCGUCUGGGGCUCCCGGGAGACCGGCCAGCCGAGGGGGGGAGAGGAGGUGAACGGGACAAGCCUGCCGCUGGAUUCCACAGCCCCAGGGUGUUUGUGUACCUCGUGCACGCCACAGCGCUGCUGCUCUUUGGGGCUCUGUGUAUGCAUGUUCAGGUUCUCACCAGGUUUCUCGGCUCGUCGUCUCCGGUCCUGUACUGGUACGGCGCUCACCUUCUGGUCGCUCGCGAGCCCCUGCUGGCGGGAGAUGGCGCCUGGCGGCCGGGCGCGUGCGGGGGCCUGCUGGGAAACCCCCUGGCCCGGCUGCUGCGCGCCUGGAGGAGCUGCUCCCCUGUCACGCGCUGCGUCCUGGGCUACUUCACGUCCUACUGGCUCCUGGGCCUGGUGCUGCACUGCAACUCUCUCCCAUGGACCUGAGAACACCCCCCCCGCCCCCGCCCCCCGUCAUCUCUUCGCUCCCGGCCCUCGGCUCGCUGGAGCCCACCGGUUUCCGUCUCCCGAGCAGUCCUGCUGCACUGUGCCGGCUUGUCAACGUCUGCACCGGCUGACUUACCUCACUGCGGAAGAUGACUGUAAAGCAUUUGACGGCAGCAAAGGCUUUCUGUUGUCUUAGAAAACCCUGAAAACUGGCACUACUGCUGUGGCCGAGGAGAGAAAAGCUUUAAUAAAGUCUGCAGCCCAGGUGGCUGCCGUUUAGCUGACCUAACACACAUCCCUGCUGGGUUUCCCAGGUCUGGUGAUUUCGAUUUCCUUAUAUUUGUGUAACAGUGCUCAACAGUUGGCCUUUUCGUUUUUAUUUCUUGUGAAUCUGCUGUCGGGCGAGGUGGAUGGUGUGACCUUUAUCUGACUUUUUGCAUGUAAAUACGUUUUGUUCCCAUCAAAAGUCAUGUUUUUUUAUGGAUUUUCUUUUGUUUCCGAGUUUGUGCUUCUGCUUUGUCCCCUCGCAGGCAGUGAUAUGACUUUAUCACAAUUAAUAUUACAUUACGUCUGGCUGAAGCCAGAACACAUUGAUUACUUUUUUCCUCCAAGUGUGUUAAAUUUAAAACAAGCUUAUAAAACUUAGAACGGAAACCAAAAUACCUUCAGCCUGGUUUACAUUCACUAAACCGUUUGCUACAUUUUAGAUAAGUUUAUUUCUGCAUCAUUUAAACUUUUUUUAUCCAUUGCUCGUUUAAUUUAAUAGUUAACCCAUUAACACAGAUUUAAAAAUCCUACAAUGAAAGAGCCCAGAUUUGCACUCUGAAGUCAAGUGUUAUUUUUGCUGUCGCCAGCUGCAGGUGAAAUCCGACAUUUUUACCCAAACUCAUUUUUUAAGGAAAUGUAAUUAUGUAAAAAUGUAAUAAUACAAAGUAAUGACUUUUUGAUCAGGCUGGUGAACACAUGCAAGUCUCAGUAACAGGAGAUAUUUAUAUAUAAGGAUAUAAAUGCAUUUCUGAUUAGUUUUUUUCUUUCUUGCUGGGAUUUGUAAUUGGUAUCCACACUAUACAAAAUCCUUUUCGAUUUUUCUGAAAUGUCCUUAUUCAUGGGUGCUGCUUUUGAUAUAACAGGCUGGACAGCCGCAGGAUGAUGAAUCGCUCAUUGUGGAUGAACAUGUCUCACACAGUGUCUUUCCUGCCUGUGUCUCUUCAUCAGCAGAUUGAUCAACUAGUUAAGUCAACUGACUUGGUCAGAAACAACAACAAAAAAGAUGAGGAGAGGCUGGGAGAAGUUCUGUGUGCUGUUUGCAAUUCCGAAAUGGCACUUCAAGGGACUGAAUUGGUCUAAUGUAUUGGCACAAGCAAGCGUGCAAUUUACAAUAUCUGUUCAGUCAUCAAGUCAUAAUGAAAAUCUGAAUUAAAAUUGUACAUCUAAAGAAAAACACUAUUCUUAGACCAGGCUGGGAUAUGUUUGUUUUUCUAAGCAUUCUGGAUGAAUAGAAGUAGUGAACUCUCAAGCAAUGGGUAUAACACCUCUCUUCUGAAAAAGAUCCCGGAUCCAUUUCAUGUCCUCAGGCAGGAUGAACUGUCGUUUAGCCACCAAAGAGUUCAGCAAUCUUCAGCACUCUGCUUUGUGAGUCUUCCUUCUCUAGCUUUGUGUGUAAUGUCAGUGAAAGGGGCAGGUUUAUUGCUACAUCAUCAUGUGUUGUAGACUUUUUUUGAAGCAGUUUUUAAUGCAGAGGUGAGAUUUUUUAAGUAUCUUCCAUCAAGCAGAGAACAGUAAAGAAAACUAUGGUUCCUUGAGGUUCAUGGUCAUGUUUAAAUGCUUUCAGAAGAGUUUACCAACCUAGUUUAAGGUCAUUUUACACUGAUAAAGAUCCUUUCCUUAUGUUUUUAAAGAGAAAGGAAGACAGUAGAGAAUAUUGCAGGAAUAUUGAGUCUAUAUGAGUAUACUGUACAAUCUAAGGAGCAAUAAAAAUCAUAAUGAAGAGUAGUUUCCUUUAUGUACUGCAUCACUAUGAGGGCUCUGCCCAGUAUUAAGAGGUUGACUAUAAAAUGUAUGCAUCAGAUGACCCGAUGUCGAAUCUUGCAGUGAAAUUGUUAGUUGUACUAAACCCUAGAGAAGGUUAUUGUGCAGUACGGGCAGGUUUUUCGGCCAAUGCUGCCAUCUAGUGAAACAAGUGCAUAAUAGCACCUGGUGCCUUCUCGGUGGUGGUAAUUAAUUGAGAACUGCUGCAGUAAUUUAGAGCCAGGAGAACCUA